AUGGGAACUCCUGUAAACAUUAUAGUUGGAUCACACGUCUGGGCUGAGGAUCCUGAAGAUGCCUGGAUCGAUGGAGAAGUGAUAGAAAUCAAAGGGGCUGAUGCCACCAUAGUUACCACCAAUGAGAAGACUAUUGUUGCAGCUAUUUCCAGCAUAUACCCAAAGGACACAGAAGCACCACCAGCUGGGGUUGAUGACAUGACCAAGUUAGCUUACCUCCAUGAGCCAGGAGUCCUCCACAACCUUGCUUGUCGUUUUGCUCUUAAUGAAAUAUAUGUGAGUCACAAUCUACAAUCACCACAGAAUUUGGAGUAA